CUUGGAUCAGACGCUUGGAUACGUGUCGCCAUGGGAGGGAGACGCAGAGGAACACCUGAGAACGAUGAGGAUUACUCCUUCGUCAGUGCCGUCGUGAAGUAUCUGCUGUUCCUGUUUAAUUUUUUAUUCUGGGUUAAUCAUUUGUGUUUCUCGGCAAGCCAGACGCACUCUCUGCUUCUUACGCUGAGGAUUAUUUCAACAACAAAUGAACUUUCAAGUUAUGAUUCAUUCGUUCCAACAGCCAUCCUGUGUUUCCUGCUUAUGUGUAUAGGAAGUGUGAGAUCUAGGUUCAAGUCAAACACUGUUGGUUUCACAGACAGUGAAAGGUGUGUAGGCAAGAGAGAAGUGGAAGUUCACAUAGCUUUCUCUCUCACACACACACACACACACACACACAAACACACAUACACACGCACACACACACACACACACAAACACAUGCACACACACUGAGUAAACAGACCUGCUGUGGACUAGUUCUCUUCAUGACAUACUUUGCUGCCAUGGAACACAAACCCCUUCGUUCAUAUGCAUAUCCCUGUGACAAGUUCAUUCAGGAGUUAAUUUCACAUUAAGUGAUGUUUUAUUUUUCCAUUUCAAUCAAGUUUUGGAGGAACGCUUGUGUUAACUAUAUACCUUCUGAUUUUGUCUCACCCUGUAGGACGUCACUGGUUGAACGACUUUCGGCUUUUAACAGUAAAGGGGAGUUGAAAUGAACAGCAGAGCUCAGCAGUGGGCCUGUAAACAAAGCAAAGUUCACAUCAGUGGGUUUCAGCGUCAGGUGCCAGUAACAUAAGGAGAUUUCUCGCAGCAGAUCCGCUCCUGCGGAUUUAAAACCUCCCGAGGUUUAGCUCAGUGUGAGUGAGACUUGCUUGUUUCUGACCGAGCGAAAAAGGCAGUAGAAGAAGACAAGACCAUGCCUAAACAGUUAAUCUUAAAGUCUGCACAGCUUUUCUUCAGCCGUUUGUUUCUAUAUCUUCAGCCGCAUGUGUGAAACCACCCAGUGUGAGUCUGUCGGCCAUGUUCAGCCUGAGCUGUCAUGUACCAAGGAUGAGGCUGAUGUGUAAAAACUUGAAGCUCUCCACUGUGGAAUGUGUUGUUGUCAUUUCUGUUGCCUCCGGCUACGUUGAGCUCGGUGGAGGACCAGUAAUUAACUGCUCGUCUGUUCUUCUCUUGUCUCGGUGUUCUGUGUUCUCGGGAAGUCCAGCUUUAGUCACACCAUUUGUCAUCAGCAAACGAUCUUCAAUCAAAUAAUGGAAUCAGUUUCAUUGCCAAAGCAACACGGGGUUUAGCCCCAGUUUUAAACGACGAGCUUCCAGCUGCUCACAUUUCCAGACACAGCCACAACCUCAAAAAAAGAAGCCCCCGGUUCGAGUCAAGUGAAGCUGAGAAACGAAACCUCCACGAACGCAGGCAGGCAAACCGAGCUUUUCCCCACAAGGCCUGAGGAGCUGCAGUGUCCGUGUGGUAACUGGAUCCAUGUCAUUCAGGGUGGGAAGAGUAUUUGUGAGGGCUCCCUAUUAUUCUACUGAGCCCAGGAGAGGAGCGCUCCGUGAAAGGGUCUUUAUUUUACUUUUUUCAGGGAAGGGGACAGAUUGCCGACAGGUCGCUACAGUCCAAUGGAAGCAGAGUGGAUGGCAGAAUCUCCCCACCUUCCCUCCUGACACUUAAAGGAGAACGUUGUGGUCUUCAAGUUUAACGCUGAACUCACUCAGUAGUAGCUGUAGUUUAUCUUUUUUUUUCCGGUCCAGCCUUGUCUGUGACACACUGUACUGUACCUCCUCCACAUCCUAAUGUUAUCAUGAUGAAGUGUUCUGGUGGAUGGCGCCACUCCCUUGACAAAUUAUCGCCCUGGUGAUGGUGUCAAUCGGCGUGUACGCCCGCAUGAUGAAACAUGCAGAGGCCGCACUGGCCUGUCUGGCAGUGGACCCCGCGAUAAUGCUCAUGGUCGUGGGGGUCCUCAUGUUCAUCAUCACCUUCUGUGGCUGCGUGGGCUCCCUGCGAGAGAACAUCUGCCUGCUGCAGACGUUCUGUGUCUCCCUGACGGUGAUCUUCCUGCUCCAGCUCGUCGCCGGAAUCCUGGGCUUCGUCUUCUCGGACACGGCACGGGGUAAAGUGACUGAGAUGAUCAACAAUGCCAUCGUCCACUACAGAGACGACAUUGAUCUGCAAAACCUCAUUGAUUUUGGUCAGAUGGAGUUUGGCUGCUGUGGCGGCGUGACGUACACUGACUGGUCCCAGAACAUGUACUUCAACUGCAAGGAGGACAACCCCAGCAGGGAACGCUGUUCCGUCCCCUUCUCCUGUUGCAUCAUAUCCAAAGACAAGGAAGUCAUCAACACCAUGUGCGGCCAGGGCGUGCAGGAUUUAGAGUACCUCAAGGCUGGAGAACACAUCUACACCAAUGGCUGCAUCGACAAAUUAGUCAAUUGGAUUCACAGCAACAUGUUCCUCCUGGGAGGCAUUGCACUGGGAUUGGCCAUACCACAGCUGGUUGGGAUCCUCCUGUCUCAGAUCCUCAUCAACCAGAUCAAAGACCAGAUCGAGCUGCAGAACUACAACCUCAAACACCGCUCGGACCCUUGGAGCUGACGCAGACCCGGCCAGACCAGAUUCUGAUGCGCGACACCGUUAACGCGGUGAUACAAGCGGCUGCGGGAAGACGGGUACUAACUCUUUAUGCCAUUUCUUUGGAAAGAAAAAACGUCUGUCGGCCUGGAGAAAGGAAGCUGGUACUAGUACUCUGUCGCCACCCACUGGACACAGACCACACUUGCAUUUACCAAACAUUUUUUUUUACAGUAGUUUGAGUAGUAAUUCUCAAACAGGGGCAGAGGUGGUGUUUGUGCUGAGGGUCGUGUUCUUACAGGAUUCAUUUGACCUUUAGUCAUCAACUGCUCUCGCUUUAAUCUGCAAAGCAUUUUUAUUGUUCCCUUUUUUUUUUCUUUUUUUGAGAUGCCAAACCGGAGUGGGAUCUAGAAGGGUUUUUCUGAGAUGUAUUAUUUUGCAAACUCUUUGAAAAUGAUGAGCAUGCAUGUCAGAUGUCAUGUCUCCUCCAGGCUCAGCAAUGCUGCUCAUUGUUGCGUCCACCUGUGAGGUGAUUUCUGACAUUUGCUGGAAUAUGUAUCCCACAAUGUGCUUUUUUUUAAAAAAAACUUCCAGAUGAAAUACCUGUGUAAAUAGAAAGGUCAGCAUACUUGAUACACGAGAGAAGAUGAAGCAUGAACAAUGAAGCUGUAUUUGCCUCUAGAUCCCAGAAAUGCCUCAUACCCCCUGUUGUAGUAUAAUAAACUUUUUGUUCAUCUUUUACAUAA